GCGAAAUUUCAAAUGUAGGAACGAGAGCAGCAGCUUGAGUUCAGUCACCGCACACAAUAAUAACGAGUUUAACGAUUUUUUUAGUAUUUGUAAGUGAAUGAACUACUAAAGUAAAUGGAAUAACAACAGUUAAUCUACUGUACUGCGAGGGAAAAGAUAAUUUUUUAAAAACCCGAACCAAAUGGAUAUCAACACGUAUUUACAAUGUUUUGAAAGCAGGCUGAGCUCCUACACCGGAGACGACCCUCUGGAUCCAUGGGACAAGUUUGUGGAGUUUCUGGAGCAGAGGUCACCUGCAGACGGUGGCAGUGGGAUGUCGGUGGUGUUCGACUCGCUGGUCCAGAGGUUUCUGAACGACGAGCGAUACGCAAAUGACACCAGAUAUGUGGACUACUGCAUCAAAUGUGCCAGUUUCUACACCGACCCUGUGGCGCUCUACAGCUACGUCUUCAGUAAAGGCGUCGGCACCAGGACGGCGGCACUGUAUGUGGCGUGGGCGUGUCACUUUGAGCAGAAGGGUCUGAACGAACAGGCCGACGCCGUGUAUCAGAAAGCAGUGGAGAACCAGGCGCAGCCGGCAGACACUGUUCUCCAGGAGUACAGACAGUUUCAGACCAGAACCAGGAGCCAGACACCAGGAUCAGGAAGCGUGGCUCCUUUACAGACGUCACAUUUAACCAAUCAGAUGUCGUCUCACAGAGAGCCAGUCGCUCAGAGCAAGACCUCUGUGGACCUUCUGGCCAAACCACCCACCGUUAAAACGGUCGUAACACUCUCCCGCUCUGAGAAUUCGGGCGUGACUCGCUCACACCAGGACUCCAGCGUUCACACCGUGUCAGAGUAUCUGAAGGACGAGCUGCUCUGUGACGGGACUGAACUGUCCUUCGAGGAGGCUCGUGCAGUGAGGUACUUCCGUACGCUCCAGGAGAGGCAGCAGAGGGAGAAAAGAGAAAUGGUAGAGGACUUGGUGAGGAAGCAGCUGGAAGGAAUACGCAGCAUCAAGUCCGAGUUGGAGAAGGUCGAUGGAGUUUUAGCGAACCAGCCUGCGCCACAGAAGGUGUGUGUUGUUGAAGCCGCCUCCUCUCUGGUCGGCUGUCCCACCCAGCAGCCGCUUGGUCGCCCCCCUCGGCCCUGGAACCCUCUGAGCAGCAGACGCUCUCUCGGCCUGACAUUACUCGCCAAACCAACCUUCAUGCAAGACGCCGCCGUCCAUGAAGGGAACCACCCCGGACCUGCGGACACGAGUGUUCUGAGCGCGGAGGUAUCCCAGCAACCCUCUGUCCUCCCUGACAGGAGCGUUCAUUUACAACAACCGGCACUGAAUCCAGCACCGACGCAUCCCAAGUGUCCAGCGAACCAGCUGCUCCACAGACCCGUCUCUUCCCCCACACCUGUCCCUGCUGUGGUUCAGCCCGGCAGCUGGGAACACAACCACACGCACCAUGACGUCAGUCAGCUUCAGGAGCCUGAAGAGAAACUGAACAUGUCACAGGGAGGCUCGGUCAACCUUUCUCACGUCACUCCUAACACUUCACUGGGCUUUGUUCAGGCCACACCGUCCAGGGUGCUGCCGUCACCCACGGUCAACACGCGGGAAGCACUGGAUUUGAUCAUGGACAUGUUCCAGGCUCCGACGCUCUUAGAAGAUCCUUUUGACGACUCGUCAGUUGUCCACGGCGCCGAGAGAGAGUUUGAGAGCAGAUUCCAAAGAAAUGGGGGCUCUUCCGUGUCGUCAAAUCCUCCCGCGUCCGCUCCGUUCACCAUCUUCCAGGACGACAAUGACAAAGAAAAUGCCAGUGCUGCUGCUCCUGCUGCUCCUGCUCCUGCUCCUGCUCCUGCUCCUGCUGCUGCUGUGGUGGAGAAGCCUAAACCAGCCCGAGCUCUGGCUGAAAUCCCAGUGUCAAAGCCAGAAAAACCUAAUGAGACUCCUCCAGAUCUGAUGCCGGAUGAGAGCGCCAUGUGGGGAGCUCGCUACAACCCCCUCAACUCUCUGGCCGCGUGUCCCAACAACACCACCGACUUCGCCAUGUUGGCCCAGUUUGUCUCCACGCCCUUCACUCACAAAACGCCCUUCAGCAGCAACUUCUAUCCAGACCGAGAAAACACCUGCGACGGCAGCGAAGCUGACGACGACGCUUUCACCAGACAUCAGCCCAAAAAACUGAGUCCCAUAAUCGAGCAGAGUCCGUCCGAGGAGACGGGCGCCAGUCGACUCGAGGCGUCCUCGGUGAGGUGCGGCACCAUCGUCGGCGAGGGCCUCGCCGCCACCGCCAGCCGGCACUGCCUGAGUAGCUCAUCCAUCACCAUGGUGCAGCCGCCGCCUCCUGCUGUCCUCUCCUUCAGAGACCACACGCUUUGUCCCACUGAGUCCUCCAGCACCAGAGCCAGCAGCUGGGAGGAUUUCAGCAGCCCUGAGCAGACGCCAAAACCCUCCACACUGCCCCUGCAGGCGUCUGAAUUGACUUCAGUCCAAUCAAAGACGGAGCCGUUUAAAAUUAUGGAAGAUGAAGAGGAACCCGCUGAACCAGACCAGAACCAGAAGCCAGUCUACGAUGUUCCCAUGAGUCCGGACUGCGCCCUCAAACCAGACUGGAUGACCAUCAAAAGUCCUGAGGCCAUGGUCCAGCCGGAUCUGGACCUGGACCUGGACCUGGAUGUCUUCCUGAGUCCACACAGACCCAGCACCGUGAACAGAACCCAGGACGUCCACAUGAGUCCUGAGCAGCCGCCGCUCUGUGCGGACGUGCCCAUGAGCCCGCUGCAACUGCCCACGACCCCGGAGCGCGGCGGCGACGUGUCCAUGGACGCGGAGACGCCGAGGGCGGCGCGGACCACAGAGCUGCGGCUGGUGUCGGACCCCUGGGACAACGACCUGGUCUGUGACCUGCUGAACUCACUGACCCCGCCCCUCACCGCACACCCUCGCUGCAUCACCUGGCAGUGCAAUUUACCAAACAUCACCCCGAAGAUGACCAUCAGCAUUGGGAAGUCGUCGCUCAGAGUCGACUGCCUCCUCGGACAAGGAGCCUUUGCCACGGUUUACCAGGCCACUGACCCCGUGACCUCAGAGAGGAUGGCGCUCAAGGUCCAGAAACCGGCUAAUCCCUGGGAGUUUUACAUCCACACUCAGCUGGACGCACGUCUGUCCCCGGAUGUCCGCCAUCUUUACGGCAGCGUCCGCUCGGCUCACCUCUUCCACAACGCCAGCGUCCUGCUGGAAGAGCUGCACAACUACGGCACCCUGCUGAACGUGGUGAACAUGUACAAGUGUCUCAGUGACAAAGUGAUGCCUCAGCCUCUGGUCAUCUACUUCACCGUCUGCAUCCUCCACAUGGUGGAGCUGCUGCACAGCGUCCACGUCGUCCACGCCGACAUCAAACCGGACAACAUCCUGCUGGGGGAGAGGUUCCUGGAGAACAAGUGCUUCGAGUCGGAGAACGUGGACCACGGCCUCGUCCUCAUCGACCUCGGACAGAGCAUCGACAUGACGCUUUUCCCACAAGGCGCCGCUUUCACCGCCAAGUGCCUGACGUCGGGCUUCCAGUGCACGGAGAUGCUGAGCGGGAAACCGUGGAACUACCAGACGGACUACUUUGGAAUCGCAGGGACCGUUUACUGUCUGCUGUUUGGGACGUACAUGCAGGUGACCAACGAAGGCGGAGUCUGGAGAACCAACGCUGUGUUCAGAAGAAACCCUCACAGCGACCUCUGGCUGAACUUCUUCGACACGCUGCUGAACAUUCCAGACUGCGGCUCCCUGCCGAGUCUGCGGCGCCUCCGCGGUCAGCUGACCGGCGUCCUGCAGCAGAGCUACAGCAGCAAACUGUCCACGCUCAAGAGCCGCCUGGUGGUUCAGCUGCUGGAGAGCCGGAAAACCAACCGCAGGUGACGACAGCGGCCGCCGUGGCGACGACUCCUCUUCUUCAUCUUUUUUUUUAUUCUUAUUUUCUUUAAAACAGAUUCAGAGAAAUCGGUUUAGGUUUAGCGCCUGUUUUUAGUUUGUACUGAAUUUGUACAUAUGAAAAAUGUAAUUAUUAUUUAGUUUAGAUUUUUACGUUUAUCAGAUUCUACAUUGUUAAAAGUUCACAAAGUGAAAAUUGUUUGUUUUCUUCUCUGAAAAAGAAUAAACUUUGUGUUGAA